AUGAUUAUAUUAACUAAAGCACGUUAUUUAGGUAAUUCUCUCGUAAAAAAUACAAAUCUGAUAAAAUAUCGUACAGCUACUAGUACACUAUCAGAAUUAAGAAUUUAUGAAGUUGGACCUAGGGAUGGGCUGCAAAAUGAAGCGAAAUUUGUACCAACUGAAAUAAAAAUUGAACUCAUUAAUAAAAUUGCUGCUGCAGGUAUUAAAGAUAUUGAAUCUGCAAGUUUUGUGAGCCCUAAAUGGGUAAAACAAAUGAGUGAUAGUGCUGAUGUUAUGAAGAAUCUGAUAAGAGCUCCUGGUAUAAAUUAUCCAGUAUUAAUACCAAAUUUAAAAGGAUAUGAGAGUGCUAAACAAUGUAAUAUUGAAGAAAUAGCAAUAUUUCCUGCUGGAUCUGAAGGGUUCUCUCAAAAAAACUUAAAUUGUUCAGUGGAAGAAGGUCUCAAAAGGUUUAAAUUAGUUGCUGACCAAGCAGUCAAGGAUGGCAUUAGAGUCAGGGGAUAUGUUUCAUGUGUUUUAGGAUGCCCAUAUGAUGGCCCAAUACGUCCUAAAGAAAUAGCUAGGAUAACGGAAGAAUUAUUUGCCAUGGGCUGCUAUGAAGUAUCACUGGGUGAUACCAUAGGUGUAGGCACAUCUGGCUCUGUUCGAAAACUGAUGAAAGAAGUUCUAUCAGUGGCAUCUCCUGACAAAUUGGCUCUUCACUUCCAUGAUACUUAUGGACAGGCGUUAUCAAACCUAUUAGCUGGCUUGGAGUUUGGCAUAAGGACUGUGGAUUCGUCUAUCUCUGGACUAGGAGGUUGUCCGUACGCGCGUGGAGCGAGCGGCAACCUUGCCACUGAAGACCUCGUGUACUUCCUUUACGGUCUGGGAGUCAAUACUAACGUGGACCUGGUGAAGCUAAUAGAUGCCGGACGAUAUAUAUCAAACUUUCUAGCUAAACCCACCGAAUCUAAGGUCAACAGAGCUAUUGGAGACCGGCUUAGGAACCAUCGUGAUAUCAUUAAAAUGGCCGCGUGUACUCUU